AUGGACGAACUCUUCGACGACGAGAUGCGCACCAACGCGCUCAACGACCCUGGGCUCUUUCUCGAUCUGGAGGAGGACGACGAUGACGUGGUGCUGUCGGGGGCGCUGUCCUUACCAAACACCCUGAUGCCCCCACCGCCGUCCGAGCAUUCGGCAUCCCAGCCACCGCAGCAACAGUCUGUAGGGCAAUCUUCCACCACCUCACGACUCUCCGGCAUGGGUAUUCCAAAACUGGAUGUGACAGUGCUGAACGACGUGACGCCCAACCCAGCCGCGCAGAUGCAGCCGCAGCAGCAACUACAGCACAACGGCACUCCAGGCACGGCGAACACCCCCGCGGCGUACUCCCGCGACGGCGCUGUGGACCAGCUUGCUUUAGCAUAUGGAUCUUCGAAUCCGAACUCCCCCCCGCACAACACUGCCACGUCGCCCAAUUUGGCCGCCUUUAACGUCUACAGCAACAUCGCCUGCCCCCCGCUGUGUGCUAAAAACUUGAACUUCCGCGACUUCCUGAAUAAAAAAAUUGUCCCGCAAAAGAUCGAAAAUGAAGAAUCCACUGGCGUCUUUGUGGGCCAGCUGCCCAGCAGCUACUCGGAGGACGACAUUGAGGCGUUGCUGAAAGCGAUUGGCAACGAGUAUGGGCAGACGGUGCAGGUGCGCGAUGUGAAGAGCCACAACCGCGACCGCACCUGCGCCUUCGUCAUGAUCAACGCCGGCGCGCUGAACGCCGUGCUGGACUUCACCAAGCGCGUACUGUGCGACAUCAACUGCGUCUGGGUAGUGGAUCACAGCCAGGCCGCACAGCUGCCCAUCUUUGUGCAGCAGAUGCCGCGCGAUCAACUCCGCGGCGUGCCGAAGGCGGCGUUGGUGCUCGAGAAGCUCACCCCGCAGUCCAAGCCGCGCCACAUCGCGCACCCCGCCCAGACUGGCCUCCCGACCAGCCCGUCAGCGGCGUACGGCGGAAUUCAGCCGAACUUGAUUAGUUCGAUGUCGGUGAUGACACACCCGGUCAUCCUGCAGCAGCAGCAGCACGGCGGCGUCGCACCAGGCGUGGGAAUGGUGCCGCCCGCUGCGUUCAUGGACGCAACCGGUCUUCAAGCCACGUCGCCGUUUGCUGGGUCUGGCUACGUGCCGUCGCCGUCCAUGGGCAACGCACUGCCGCAGUUCUUCAGCACCGGUGCGUUUCAAGAUCCUGGCGCCACCGGCGCGCUGUUCAGCGCCAACGGCGGCGCUCCCAGCCCAACCUCCGUGUACGCGAUGCAGAUGGGGACCAACAGCAGCAUCGCAAGCAUUGAGGCGGCAAAUCAAAUGAUGAUCGCCGCCUCGCGCUCGCGCACCAACUCGCAGAGCCACCAACUGAACAUGGCACCUCUCCCCGUACCUAACGGGUCGGCGGACGGCUUAGCGCCAGUGCGGACGGCGGUGCAGCUCACCUCCACCUUGCAACAGGAACACUGCAGCUGUGGACGAAUGCUGUUUCUGUCGCAGUACCCGAAGUCCGGCACGUGCGCCAAGUGCAGUGCCAUCAUCAACUCAAACGAGGUUGCGUACUGGUGUCCGAACGGACACAUCGCGGUGUGCAUCAUGUGUGCCCUUCAAACAAGCGUCACCACGGACGCGAACUCUGGCACGAACGCUCGCGUUAUGCAGCCACAAAGCGAAGUAAUGCUUCAUUAA